AUGGAGUUGCGAAAGAUGUCAAGUGAUGGCCAGAAUCCGCUUCAUAUCUAUAAAGAGACGUUAAUUCCGUUAUUAGAAGAGAAUGGCUUUGAAGUGAUCUCUUCCUCCGAAGACAUCUGUGACCACAACAGGUAUAUAACGAGACAUCGGUUUGUGAGACAAACACCUCUUCGUCCCGACUAUUGGCAGAAGAAUGAGUGUCCAGUCGUGGAAGUGGUGGGCAUUCCUAUGGGUCAUCACUUCCUUAUAAUUCACGCCAUUGUCUGCCAUUCGGCCGAAGAUUGCGUUAAGAUUAAGAUCAAGACUAAAGAAGACAUUGUUUGCAUUCGACGUAAACUAAUGGAUGAAUUUGUGGUCAAAUUAAUUGAAUUGCUUUCGAUUUCGAUCAAUGAUUUGCCGCUUGAGUUGAAGUUCAAGAUAUUGUCGUUAUUACCCAUUGAAUCGCUAUUCAAGAUGUCUUCGGUGUCCUCUCUAUGGCGAGCCAUCACUCUUGACGACCAGUUGUGGAGAAUUCUUGUCAGACAACACUUCCCAGUGUUUUACAGUCGAGGACUCAAUGGCGAGGACUGGAAGUCGGUAUAUAAGGAAGCGUUUCGUAACCGAAAACUCUUAGAGCGCCGCAAGUCGUGGGCGUCUCGAGGUCUGCCCUCAUCGCUCAUAUUCCCAGCACUGCCGCCGUCUCCGCCACUGUUGCCGAUAAUGGGUCCGCCAUUUCUCCCGAUGCUUCCGCCGCCGCCCCCUUUCUUUAGAGAUCUGGUGCCCGAAGAGGUCCGCAACGCCUUUCCUAACAUUCAUAGACCUAACCCUAUGUCCCGACCCUUUAUGUUCGGUAAUCCCGAUCUAAUAUGAUAUGGUUUCUCAACUGUUGGACUCUUUUUCACAUCACUUACUGUAUAUCACUUUUAUUAUAUACUGUAUUAACAUAUUUAUCAUUAUUUGAGGUAUUGUUCAGAUUAUGACAAACAUUUGAAUCGAUUAUUAUAUUGUUUUGGAG